AUGCAACAGGCUUGGGGUCCUCAUCAAAGAGCCGGCGGAAUGAAUGCUUUUCCUCAAGCUCAGGGGACCAACAUAUCCGGGUGCCAGGCUUUCCGAAAUCAGGGAGGUGGAAAUAUGAGUGAAAUGCCGCAACAAAGACGAUCCUCAGGAAUACCUCCUAAUUUUCCGCAACAACCAUCACAAUAUAAUAAUCAACAGUUUUCACCAAAUUCUCAGCGAUACAUGAUGGGUGCUGGGCAAGUUCGACCAGGACAGAUGAAUCAACCCUACGGACAACAGCAGAUGCCUGGGCAGUUUGGUCCGAAUCAGAUGGUAUUUAAUCAAGUCAUGUCUGGAUCACAAGUUGUCCAUCAGCAACAACCUACACCACAACAACCACCACAACCCCCGGGGCCAUCUCCUCCUGGCCACUCUCCUCAAGCUCCCCUUCCUAAUCCUCAACCUCCAACAUCAGUUUCACAACAACCAACACAAACACCCCAGUCCCAGCCAUCUCCCCAGCCACCGCCACCACCACAUACAUCUCAACCAUCACCAAUGCAAAAUCAGUCUCCUCAGCAUAAUCAACAAAAUAGUCCUCAGAAUGCCAACCGGUCUCAUGGCAAAAAAAGCAGUGAUGAUAGUGAAGGAAUGGAACAAAAUACAUUUGAUGAAAUAAAUGCAGAAAAUACACGAGGAUCCCAAGGGACUCCAACACCAUCGGGAGGCCUUCAUCCUGGUGUGUCCAACCUUCGAGUUACUCCAUCACCUGCUGGUUCAACUGGCUCUCGAUCAAAUACACCUGCAUCUAUCACAGGUAAUCGAGCAAGCAGCCCAAUGCCACCACGCCCUCCAUCUAGUCAGUUAGAUGGACAGAUACCCCAAUCUCAGAUGUCAAAUCAAGGCUUUGGUCAGCAUAUAAUGCCUCCUCCAGUUGGCCCUAAUCAGAUGUACAACACUGGGAAUAAACCAAUGGCAGGGAUGAAUGCUGUAGCUGCCUCAGCCUCUCAGAUGGGAGGCCAUUUUAGCCAGUACAAUUCCCAGUUUCCUGUUCCUGGUGGACCACCUCUUCAUGGAGGACCAAGUUCAAACCAUUCACUGAAUUCCAUGCAGCAACCACCACCACCACAGGCCUCACCUCUUCCCUCACAUCCUCACCCUCCCCAUCAGAGUGCUGGGAGUUCUAACAACAUGAGCAUGUCACCUGGUGGACAGUGUGCAACACCAUCCAUUGUACCCGGAGUGAAAGGUGCACAUGCAGCAGCCCAGGCAGCUAUGAUUGCAGCUGCCAAUACUGCUGCUGCUACACGUACACAUCAGCUGCGAACAGGAGCCUCUGCCGGCCAGCCACCACCACCCAGAAUGUACCCUCCUCCAGGAAUGGGACCUGGUGGCCCGUCAUCCUCCCACCUUGGACCGAUGAACUUUUCACCUGCCAUCAACAACAUUCCUAGUUCAUCUGGUGGUCAGUUUCCCUCUUCAGUGUCUCAAACAUCAGUGCCUAACUCUAUGACUCAGCAAUCAAAUUCUUGUAGUCCAGGCAGUCCCUCUGCGGCCAGUACACAAACUUCCAACACCGUUAGUGCUAAUUCCAAUCGAACAUUGGACUCUAUGAAACAAACGGUCCCUUCAAUGUCUAAAGAAGGAUGCUUACCAGCUAACUGUGGCAGCAAUACUAGUGCCAUGAUUCCACCACCAGUCAGCUCAGGUAUGGAUGGCAUGGUAAUGCCACCACAAAAUAAUUGCACAGAGGAAGGAAAGCCUGUUGAUGAUAAUGGUGAUUGUAACAGUGAUGGCAGUAGUAAUCGCCUCAUCAUGGCUGGCAGUGCAGAGUCAUCUGGUGUCCCAAGUUCAAUUCCACCAGCAGUACGCCAUAGUCCUGCUGCCACACCUACUUCCUCUUCAGUGCCUGUCAGCCAACAUGUAUGUGCAAGCAGUCAGGGUCCUAAUUUGAAUAAUUUAUCCCUAGAUGACAGUCACAACACAACCACUUCUACUGCAAAUUCUAGUGCAGGUAAUACAGCUACCAUGGUUACACAGGCAAUCACAGCGCCUGUCACCAGUGUUGUGGAAUCAAUGAGUAAUGACAGCCAACAGGAUCUACUUUCAACUUACAGCAUUUCACCAAUGGUCAAUUCUACUUCAACAGGAGCACCAAUGUCAGCUGAUGAGCCACCUGAGAAGAAGAAAAAAAAGCCUAGCCAAUCUGCAGAUUUGCACAAGUUGUACACAAUGGGUGAUGAACCUGACAGAAAAAUGUUUCUUGAUAGAUUAUUGUAUUUUUUGGAGGAAAAGGGUUCUCCAAUUACAUCUAUGCCUCAAAUUAGCAAACAACCUCUGGAUCUUUACAAACUUUAUCACAGUGUAAAAGAAAAAGGAGGAAUGGUUGAGGUGAAUAAAGCCAAGAAAUGGAAAGAGAUCUGUGCUGUUGUAAACAUUGGCUCCUCAGCAAGUGCUGCAUUUACUCUGAAAAAGAAUUAUGUAAAAUAUUUGUUUGCACUGGAAUGCAAAUAUGACAAAGGAGGUAUUGAUCCAGCUCCCAUCUUAGCCCAGAUGGAAGCAGCAAUGCAACAGAAACGGGAAAGCAAACAGAGAAGAGCUCCCUCACCUGCUGGUUCUCAGGGAUCUUCUCAAGAUGCAUUCCGACCUCCUAGCACUCCAAAUAGCAACAGCCAAGGAAUGGAUCCUUUCUCCCCCAACAUGCAACCUUAUAUGGGUGGACCUAAUUCAGAACCCAACAUGGGCCCAAUGGGCUCGGGUAUGUUGCCCCAUGGAAGCAUGAUGAACAGUAUGAAUCCUUCCAAUAACAUGAUGGGCCAGAAUUCUGUUGGCGGUCCAAAUUCUGGUAUGCUCCCUCCUCACCAUAUGUCAUCUGGUCCAAACAGUAUGCAUGGCAGUAUGAUGCCUGGGAACAUGCCACCCUCAAACAAUAUGAUGGGGAAUUCAUAUGCUCCCAACAGCAUGAUGCCAAACAAUAUGGGUCCAAACAAUUCUAUGAUGCCCAACAACAUGGGUUCCUCUAGCAAUAAUAUGCUUGGAAACAACAUGGGGCCUUCCAAUAACAAUCUAGCUUCAAACAUGACUCAACCAGCUCCUCCUCCUCAAAAUGAAAGUGACAGUGUUAGUGUACAAGACCCAUUUGCUGAUGAACCAUGUCCAAGUGGUCCAAGCUAUCCAAGGCAGAGUAUGAACUCUCAGAUGCCUACAUACUCUGGUAUGCAAUCUCAAACUACAAUGUCUGGGGCAUAUGGUUUCAACAGGCAAAAUGCUCAACAUGGAAUGUCCCCAUAUUCAAAUAUGAGCCAACAGUCUAUGAACAAUUACUCUGAAAACCGAAUAGGUCAGAAUGAACAAUACAAUGAUGCAUACCGAAGGACUAUGGGUAUGGACAAUUUUAAUAGUAAUAAUAGGAAUACUGAAAAUUUUGGCCCUGGGAAUAACCAGUUUGGGCCGCGGAAUAGUCAAGGAUCAGGUGCACAGUUUCCUUUUGGGCAGCAAUUUGACAGAGAAAGGUUUGAUCAACCAAACCCGGUCAAUUCUAAUCAGCAAUUCCGACCUCCCUCUCAGCCUGGAAUGGUUACUCCACAACAACAUCCAGAACAAAUGUAUCCUAGUCGCUAUGGCAGCAAUCAGCAAAUGAACCCAGUUCGGUCUCACACUCCUCAGCACGAUCAGUAUCCACCUCAGUCAGGAUACCCUAACCAAAGUAAUACUUUUGGCAGUCCCAGAGGAGUAGUACCUCAAGAACAGUAUCAGAAUUAUCCCAAUCAACAAUCUGGAUUUGGAGGACAUCGGCCACCCACUUCAAGAGAUGUGCCUGCUGGAAAUAUGUAUGGAACCCCAAAUAAAAGAUUCCCACCUGAUGUUGAAAGGCGAGAAAAUUUCAACAUGUCUGAUUCACGGAGGGAUCCCAGCCAAUGGUCUGCCAUGCAGCAACGCUUUGGCUCCCAGCACAGUGGCACUAAUUACCCUGCCUCUAAUAUGAAUGCCAUGCCUCCUGGCUCUGGAAUGCUUCCUCCAAUGGUUCCCCCCAGCCCGAGCAGCACAGGUAGGACUAUGAACCCGAGGCUGUCUCCACAAAGGGAAAAACCAUAUAUGUCACCUCCUAGGGUACAGAAGCCUGGGGGUAUGGUACCAAAUGCUCAACUCCCACCCAAGAAGGAAAUAUCAUUCCCACCAGAUAGCGUAGAAGCUGUUCAGCCCUUGCUGGCCAAGAGAAAGCGGCUAGCUAAACAAGACAUAGGUCAGACUGAACCCUGGAAACUUAUGAUGGCCUUAAAAUCUGGCAUGCUUGCUGAAAGUACCUGGGCCUUGGAUACAUUAUCAAUUCUCUUGUUUGAUGAUUCAACAGUAACUUACUUUACCUUGUCACAUCUGCCUGGAUUACUUGAAGUGUUACUUGAACAUUUCAGACGCUGUCUCAUUGAUAUGUUUGGUCUCUUCAAUGAGUUAGAAGUGGGGUAUGAUGCUGUUUUAGUCAAGCAGAAAGAAAAGGAAGGGUCACUUAAAUCAUUCAAAGUAAUGGAUGUGGAAGAUUACAAAAAUUUAGAAAGUGAUACUGUGUGGAAAGGAAUGCGUGUAGGUGAAAAUUACACAUACAUCACCCGGCAAGGCAAGGUGGUGAAAGUGAAUGAGAAUGAUAGAGAGACUGCUCUCUUAGAUGGCAAACAGUGGGACAUUUACUCUGGCUUCACAAGCAAAGCUGAACACUGGCAGCUAGGUGGCGGUGAUAUGUCCACUCAUGUUCAGACACAUUUUGAAAGUUUGAACAAUCACAAAAUCUUCAAGAAACUCUUCUAUUACCGUGGUAUGAAAAAAGAUUGUCAAGAUGAAAUUGUCAACAAUGUGAUGCCAUUAAAAUUGAGCUAUCGUUUACCUGAACCUGCUGAACAUGCAUCAGACAGAGAAAACUCCUCUUUUAAAACAUCUCCACCUCCUGCAGACCACAAAAGUGUAAAUGGUGUGGUCGACAGUGAAAAUUUGCACAACUGCAUCAACAAAAUCCAUAUCAAGAAGGAGCCAGUUGAGGAUGAAGAAAAAGAGAAUGCUGCCAGAACAAGAGUUGGCACUCAGUCCACAGACAGCAUGGAUGUUGCAACACCUGCUGCUGCUGUAUCUGAUCAUGUGUGCAAUUUCUCUUUGUAUUUUUUCUUUCUUUACAGCCCACCCAUCCCCCAUUUUCACUUUCUCCUCCUCCUUCAUUGGAGGAGUAUAUGA